AUGAAUGAGGAUCAAGGUGCAUCUGAAUCGCUAGGAAGCCGUGUCAACGCAUUUGUACCCUCCCCCAAUCUGCACCCCGCAUACGAGGAUGCUACGCACGCGGCGCAUAUACAACAUCUUCAACGCCGCCAGCAGCAGCAGCAGCAGCAGCAACAACAACAAGCGCCGAUGGAGGCAUGGAGAGAUUCACAGACAGAGCAGUACCGGCAACAGCAACAGCAGGAGCUGCUGCGACAAUAUCAACACGGUCAUCCACAAGUACAGGCUGGCCCGGCUUUCGAAGUAAAUACACGGGGAUAUGAUGGGGCCCAAAUGGUGGCUCGAUAUAAUUACUGCCAACCGGUAACAACUGGGGAGCCUGAGAACCAUUUCGUGAGACUAUCAAGCAGAGAGGCUCCAGGCCCGCACGGGUGCCAUGCAGGCUUCAAGGCCGGUGGCGAGCCAUCAGAGAACCCCCCAGAGUAUUUCGGCGUCUCAGUCUCCAAGACUUACCGAUUACAUGGCGCAAGAUUCUCCAACAUCAAUGUCCCAUAA